AUGAUACAGUCGGGCCGAUACGCUUUGGUCAAUACAGCUCGGUCUUAUCGGAACCAAAAUCAGAAAUUUAUGGUAAUCCGUAAGAAGAUACUUCUUCGGAUUGCAGUGGGCGGCAUGGCAUAUAUCGUUUGGUUCCUUGCUUGUCUCUCAUAUAUUUACGGCUCUCUAUAUCUCUCUCCAGGAAGACAUGCAGCUUUCCAUGUUCUUGCUGUUGACUACGACAAGGGAGCCGUAGGUCAAGCAUUGCAAGUAGCGUACACCCAGCUCAAGGGCCCUGGCUUCGUUACUCUAGACUUUCGCUCUCCUUCAGCAUAUCCGACAGAAGCCGAUAUGUUCCAUGCUGUAUGGCGUGGAGAUUAUUGGGCUUCCGUUGCGAUAACUGAAGGAGCUUCCGAACGCCUGUCUGCAGCACUACAAGGCGGUGAAGCAGCGGCUACUUAUGAUCAGUCAACUGCACUACAUUAUGUCUGGGAUCAGCAGUAUUAUACCAUAUAUGCAAACACGGUAGUACAGCGUCAUAUGAACCAGCUGGUGGCUGCUACACGACUUGCUUACAGCAAUAUCAACGGCAUGCAAGCAAUGCGCAUCGUCAACAAGACUGACCAGACUGCAAUACAGGCCUUGCUCGAUCCUAUCAAGGCAACAGAAACCAACAUCCACGCCGCAGCAUUUGGAUCAGUGGUUUUCAUGAACACAGUCUCAAUGGUGAUGGCUAUCCUUGAGCAGUUCUUCUUUCUCCUUACUCUCAAUGGUAUCUUCGGGGCACUUAAUCUUUACGGAAGAAUGACAGUCUUAUCCAGCAUGUGUCUCCGUCGCCUCGCCGGUAUCCUUUUUACUUUCGGCGCUGCACUAUGCCAAUCAGGGUAUUACUGGGCCUUCAGAGAAAACUGGGAAGUAAAUGGCAGUCAAUUUCUCUUAACAUGGAUGGCAGUCUGGUUACUCAUGCAAAUACAUCUUCUUGUCAUGGACAGUAUCUCAACAACAGCGCCACCGGCAGCUAUGCCAUUUGUCGUCCUCUUCUGGAUCACGCUGAACAAUGCGAGUGCGGCUAGCCCCCUGGACAUACAAACUGGCUUUUACAAAUGGAGUAUCAUUCUUCCAAGCCAUGAGGCUUACUCUGUAUUGGUGACCAUUUGGACCGGCGGGGCACACAACCAAGUCUAUCGAGCUUUGCCAAUCCUUUUCUCGUGGUGGAUUGUAGCCAACAUUACGGCAUCUCUUGCACACAUCCGAGCCUGUCAUCUAGCAUACCAACUCCAUCGAAAGCAAGAUACUAAACGAAGUGCUCAUAGAGAUGUAGAGGCUGGUUUGCCCCUGACAAGUCGUAAGGAAGACCUAACUUCGAAUCAAAAAUGA